AUGGAUAUCCACCGUUGUCGAUUCGUUUCCUACAACCCUCAGGCUAUCAACGCACUUGCCUUCUCCCAUCCACCCUCCGCCGAUCUCGCCGGACGAGGCGUACCGACCCUUCGACUCGCUAUCGGCCGUGCGAACGGCGACAUUGAGAUCUGGAAUCCGUUGCGCGGCGCAUGGUUCCAGGAGUCUGUUCUCCGCGGAGGAAAGGAUCGAAGCAUCGAGGGAUUGACCUGGACUCUGGACCCCUCCGAAGAAGGACCCGAUGGUGCCAAGCUACCAGGCCAACUGCGCCUGUUCAGCAUUGGAUACUCCACGGCCGUCACUGAGUGGGAUCUCGAGAAGGGAUGUCCGCUGCGUCACUCUAGUGGAAACUAUGGAGAGAUCUGGUGUCUCGCUGCGCAGCCGCGCUGGCAGCCUACAAAGAGGGGCAAGGAUGGAAAAUUCCUGCCUCCCGCCGAAGGCGAGUUUACCGGUCAGAACCUUGCUGCUGGAUGUGCGGAUGGCUCGAUCGUGAUCUUGUCUACCGCGGAUAACGAUUUGAAGUUCCUUCGCCUGAUGCGCCCUUCCACGAAGAGAGCUCGUGUGCUCAGCGUUACCUUCCAGAACCGUCAUACCAUUGUUGCAGGCUAUGCUGACAGCUCAAUUCGUCUGUUUGAUAUUCGCAAUGGCCAGCAGUUGAGGACGAUCUCGCUUGGAAAGGGCCCUACGGGUGGACCCAAGGAACUCCUGGUUUGGUCGGUCAAGUGUCUUCCGGAUGGUACAAUUGUGUCUGGUGACUCUGCGGGUGAGAUUCGGUUCUGGGAUGCCAAGAACUACUCUCUUAUUCAACGGAUCCAAAGUCAUUUGGCAGAUGUGCUUGAUGUGGCCGUCAGCUCAAAUGGUGAUACGGUGAUUAGCGGUGGUGCCGAUCAGAGAACAGUCGUCUACCGCAAGAAGGAUGGGGAGAAGGGUGACAAGAAGUCUCGCUGGGCAGAGCUCAUGCACCGACGAUACCAUUCGCAUGAUGUUAAAACUUUCGCUGUGUAUGAGACAAAGGAUAUCAGCAUUGCCGUGUCUGGUGGACCCGACGCGACACCCGUUGUCUUACCACUACGUGAAUUCGGAAAGGAACACCACCGGAAAUUGUCCAACUUGCCUCAGAUCCCUCAACUUGCCUCCUCCCCCGCCUCUCGUUUGGUUAUGAGCUUCUGGGAUAGAGAAGUCAGCUUAUGGCGUGUAUCCCGGGGCCCGGCCUCUGUGCACGAGAACCUCGAUGGCCAAAGGCAUAAGCUUGUUGGAAAGGUUAUGAUCCAGGGCGAAGAAAACAUCACCUCCGCCGCACUAUCCUCAGACGGAAAGAUGCUGGUCAUUGCUACAGUCUCCGAUGUGAAACUGUUUACCGUUCGUCGGCGCAAGGGUGACGAGAAGGGAGCUUUGCGGAUACAAAAGGUCGACGUGCCCAAGACCCUCUCCUCCACAGGUGCACGCCUUGUGACCAUUUCUGCCGAUAGCCGUUGGCUUUCGGUGAUCCGCCCCAACAGCGAUGUCUGUGUGGCAAGAAUUCAGCCAGCCUCUUCGACAACUGAGAAGCCUCAGGUAUUACCGCAACUUGCGCACCUUAAGCGUGCCACGCGCCAUGUACGACAUGAGAAGGCCUCCCAUGGUACCCUGGGUGGUUACGAGAGGGCUAUUCGAACUGUUGUCUUCUCCGAAGACAGCAAGAUUCUGGCUACAGGUGAUCUAUCUGGCUGUGUGGAUACUUGGGCGUUGAGUGCUGCGACCGAACCUAUUACAAAUGGCAAGACUAGCAACGGAGCCUCCGACUCUGAUGACGAGUCCUCCGAUGACGAAGAUGAGGAUAUCGUGAUUGAGGGAGAGCGCUGGAGCACGGCUGCGUCCGAGUCCCCCAUACCUAGAAUGAAGUCAGGAGUCACCCUUCUGUCUUUCCGCCCACAAAGUGCGACCAAGGCAUUGACCAACGGUGCCGACCACACAUCAUCCGCAGACAGACUAAUGGUACUCACCAGCGAGCAUCAACUCAUUGAAUUCGAGGCUCUCAGUGGCAAGCUUUCGGAUUGGUCGCGACGCAACCCCAAGGCUUACCUCCCAGCAGAGUUCCGGGGCGUGAAAGACCGUGCCAUGGGCUGUAUGUGGGAUGUAUUCGAGGGUCGUGAAAGACUCUGGCUGUAUGGAAACUCAUGGUUGUGGAUGUUCGACCUGCUGCAAGAUUUCCCUGCGGAGGACACUGAGACCGAGAACAAGACCUCUGGCCAGCUUGUCCAGGCUUCGAAACGCAAGCGCGAUCCCCUCGAGGAUGGUGACAACGACCGCAAGAAGCCCAACAGCGGUGCUGGUGAUCGGAUCCCCCGUUCGCAGAAUGACCUUCACCUUGGAACCAAGGUCCGCAAGAUCGUCGGCAGUGAUCAGUCCCAGGGCGAGUGGAUCUCACUUGACCCAGAACUCCCACGUACCUUGGGAGACGAUGAUGAGGCUUACGAAUAUGAUGAGACCUUCGCGGCUGGUAAUGAGACCGCCCUUGCUCGUCUCCGUCGUGGGGACGUCGUUGAGACCGGAACCCCACAAAAGGGAUCCAAGGGUAAGCCCGUCAAUGGAGAUACUCCCAAAAAGCAACUGGUGGUCAAUGGCCAAUCUGCGCGGCGCUGGUGGCACACGUACAAGUACCGUGACAUCUUCGGGAUUGUGCCCCUCAACACCUUGUCAGGUGAUGAGGCGAGCGGUCUAGAAGUUGCGGUGGUUGAGCGGCCUUUGUGGGAUGUUGAAUUGCCCGGUCGCUAUGUGAAGGAUUAUGAGUAA